AUGUGUGACGUCCCUUUCUUUCCGAUCUUUCCUAUCUGCUUUCAAUGUGGCACUGAUCAGAACCCAUGCAACUGUAAGGUGGUCGGCCCGACAGUCGGUAAGUUCGGUUAUUCUGAAAUCUUCUGCUACCCCCUAUCGAUCUUCUGUGGUUGCGGCUGCACUCAAGCUGGAAAGGAGUAUGCCCUGCUGUCCUUCUACUUCUUGACAUCUAGACUAACAAUGAGUAGCAUGCUGGCAUACCCUGUCAAGCUAAAUCGGAAGAUCAGUAAUGCCAUUCCAAUCUGA